AUGUCAGUACUAGCUUCAGCUUCAGCAGCGGCACAUAGCCAUGCUAUAGGAAAAAGUUCUAUUGCUAUAGAACCAACACUGAAACUUCAAAGUAAAUUACCAUCUACCUCAUUAGAGGAAAUACCAGGUUUGCUAACGCCUAUAUCUUCGGCAAUGAAUUCGUCGUCAACGACAGCAGACACAACUGCAGCAAGUGCAUUGCCUGCAGCACAAGCACAAGCACCGGCAUACAUGUCAUUGCCAGUAUCACCUCAACCGUCUAAAGUGCUAGCGGCGGCAAGUAAUUCAAUAAAUCGGUAUUCACCAAGACCACUUUUUGGUGUAAUUAAUACAGGUUCCAAAUUAGACGACUCCGAAGAAGAAGAGGAAGAAGAAGACGACUAUGAGGAUGAGGAGGAGGAGGAGGAGGAAGACGAGUCACAGAGUAUAAUAUCCGAAGUAUACAGUUUACUUACUCCAGACUUGGCGCGAGAGAAAAUAGCCUCCCAUUAUCCUAACAAUUUUUAUGACAGACAGCAAAUUUCAAACAGUGAUUUGAUUGCCACUGCAGCAUUCAUAAGUGAUGUGAAACAAACGUUACCAUCAAUAACUAACCCAUUACAAACACCAACCCAGAUUCUUGAAUCCUAUUUUUCAAAUCAAAUCUUUUAUGCUAAUAAUUUAAUCAACCUACCGCAGCAUUUCUUAAACCAGGAAUUUGACAGUUUUAGCCUGGACCUAAUACUCAAUCCCAAUAUACCACUGUCUUUGGAACACCACGAUGAAAUUAUACAGAAACUAGACCAAUUGUACAUUUCAUCCGUGGAAUUAGUUUCCGUUAUUACGAUGUUCAAUUGUUUUAUUUCAAGAGUCAAUUAUCACGACGUUACUUUAACCAAUUUGAAGGCUAUGAAAUCUCAAUUUGACUACCUUUUGGAAAACCAUUUAUCGCAGCUUGUGCAUGGAAUACUAGAUACUAUAAUCGAUGGUUUGUAUGAGUACAACUUAUUGAUUGAGGAAAUGACAAAUAAGAACAAAAAAGUGGGUAAUAGCGUUGAAGAAAAGUCGAAUGACUUGGGAGAAACUUAUGAGGAGAUCAAGGGAUACUAUUAUGAGAUUGAGACUACUUUAACCUUGAACAAUACUAAAUUGAAAAAGACUGAUGUUGAGAAAUUUUACUGUUUAUUAAUGAAAGAAAUUGUUAAUAAUAAAGCCUGGACUGACUAUAUUGAUUAUUUGAAAACCAUUGUAUGA